AAAGUUAACCAGACUCAUAUUCUCAUUGCAUAAUCUCACAGUAUCAUCAUUUUUCUGAUUAAUCUUUUUAAUUGUCAUUAUUUCCAAUUUACAUUGACUUGUGUUUGCAUGUUAACUUAGAAGUCUUCAAAGUAGUUUAUAUUUAAGUCUGUAUAGCAAUUCCCCCUGGACAAUUUCUUGCUAUGACUCAUUUAAAAAAGGACAUUGUCCAUCCAUUUUAGUAGUCAUCAGGAGUAAGUAAGUAAAUAAAUGAUUAACAGGACAAACAAAUAAUCAGACAAGUAAUAGCCAAGUAGUAAGGCCAAUAUAUUUUGAUUCAGUUUGUUCCUUAAACUGAGUUAUUGACAUCAAAUAAUGCAACAUUGUAUUUAUAAUUAAGUAGACAUCACCAAAAACCAUCAGAUACUUGAGCAACACAAAGAAGAAUGAUCCAAAUAAAUUGCCACUGUCAUUCUGUGACGAACUCUUAUGAAAACCUGACAAAUAAAAUUAAAAAAAAAAUGAGAAUAAUCUAUGGAAGAGAACACCAGCCUUCACUCAGCUACUGAAUUGCCAAGUUAUUUUUCUUUUCUUUUUACGUAAAUUCGGCAAGGCACUCCAUUGCAUUGGACACGCGGUAGCAAAGCCUGAGCGUUUCAUUGCCUCUGUUAAAUAAUCACAUAGAUCUGCAGGACAUUCAUAUUUUGAUUCCAUCCAGCACUGUCUAAAGUCCACUAUACUCAUUCUGGUCCCAUCCAGCACUGUCUAAAGUCCACUAUACUCAUUCUGGUUCCAUCCAGCACUGUCUAAAGUCCACUAUACUCAUUCUGGUUCCAUCCAGUACUGUCUGAAGUCAACCACUACUUCAUCCCGUCUUGGAAACGUACUGAACUACUGAUAACGUUGAUGGUGGGUAGGGUACCGGUUCUUAGACCAACAUCACUUAAGAUGGCACACCGAAGUGAGCAGAUGGGUCAUGGAGUGUUGUCCACUUCUCUGGUAUUCAUGUUGCUUUGUUAACAGGUGAUUACGAAAAAGUAGUGCAUUACGUCAUAAAACUAGUUUCUCCACUACUGUACAGCUGUUGAGAUGACGAUUACAAAAUCUGUGGACAUUUCACUUUGAUAGCUUAUUAAUUAUGUAAUACCUAAAUACCGUUAUUUUAGCAAAAUGCAGUUACACUGAAGUUACAAGGAGGCUACUUUCUUUUUCAUCAUUUUUAGCAAAAUCUUACUGUGAGAACAGUAGACACUGCGGUGUUCAUUUCAUAUGCUAAUCCCGGGUCAUUACAAUAGUGGGGAGUGCUGCUAUGAGAAGCAGACUCAGCACAUAAGUGCAUAUGCAAUAAUACCACUGUACUUUGCAGGGCAGUGCUGAUUUUAAUAUGAAUUAAUCAAACGCGAUGAGAAAGGUGAUCACAGCGGUCCUAUAACAGAGAAAAACGAUACAGCGUGAAUUCGAUACGUUAAGUGUGCAAGAGGAUCCUUUCCUGUGAUAUACAGCCAGCAGCAUGCUGCACAAGGACCUUUUUAAGUUGUUUUGAUCCUUCCUUUGGACUUCCCUUAUCUUAGCCUACAGACAGAUGUUCCCAGGGGAGCACGCGCUCCGGAGUCAGCCUUUACUUAAUCCUGUGCCACUGGUGACAGCAGAGCGAGAGUGCGAGGACAAAGCGCAUGCAUGUAUGUGGAUGCGAGCACGCGCGCACACGCGAAGGCGAGCCGGCUAAGGUUAGAGCUGCCUUGUGUGCAAAACUGAUUUACUCGUUCAAGGCUUGACCUCAUCAUCCUGCCAGUAUGGGGCUCCCACCUACACAGUUAGCUGCAGCCUAGCUGCCGCUCCAAGCGCUUUUUCAGCGUAUUGAGAAGGAGGCUAAAAGACUUAACUAUUUUUGAAUGGUCUUGAAAACGCAAGAAUAAACAUCGGUACCUGUCAAGGCGGGGAUACGGCUUUCCUGAAGGGACAGGUGCUGGGGUCUUUUUUUGUUUGGACAACAAUGUCUGUUUCUGGUAAGAAAGAAUUUGAUGUGAAACAAAUCCUCCGUCUACGCUGGAGGUGGUUCAGUCACCCUUCUCAGGGUUCUUCUGGCAGCGGGAGCUGCCUUCAGCAAGAAGUGGGGUUUGAUCACAGAGGCACUCCAGUUCAGACUAGGUUGAAGAGUCAUUCGCGGGAUAGGAAUGGGCUCAGGAAAAACAGUCCUGUGCACAAUAUCUUGGCCCCGGUACCUGGACCAAUUCCAGUGUACAGCAGAACAGGUCAGUCUUGGCACCAUCAUCACCCUCCUAAUAUUAUUGAAGAACUCCAUACAAGCGAGAGUCUGUCCAAAACUACCACCGAGGAGAACUCGGUUCAGGAGGAAUGCAGAAAAGAACCAGAAAGCGUCAAAGCGGAAGGCGAGGGGCAAGAGGAAGAGCAGACUGACAGGUUGUCAGUAACCAGCUGCUCUCAUUCUAGAAUGAGCUCAAAUUGCUCUGAUGAGUUCUUUCAGUCCACAAAUCAUGCAGAACAAACUUUCCGUAAAAUGGAGAACUACCUCCAGCAUAAACAGCUGUGUGAUGUACUUCUCAUCGCAGGGGACCAUAAAAUUCCUGCCCACAGGCUUGUUCUGAGUGCUGUGUCAGACUACUUUGCUGCAAUGUUUACCAACGAUGUGCGGGAAGCUAAGCAGGAAGAAAUUAAAAUGGAGGGAGUAGACCCUGCUGCAUUGAAGUCGUUAGUACACUACGCUUACACUGGUGUCCUGGAACUGAAGGAAGAUACGAUAGAAAGCCUACUCGCAGCAGCCUGCCUCCUGCAGCUUUCACAAGUUAUAGAAGUAUGCUGUAACUUCCUAAUGAAGCAACUACAUCCUUCCAACUGUUUGGGGAUUCGAUCAUUUGCAGAUGCUCAAGGCUGUCUGCAGCUUCUGAAAGUAGCCCACAGUUAUACUAUGGAGCACUUCCUAGAAGUAAUCAGGAAUCAAGAGUUCCUCCUCCUUCCAGACAGUGAAAUUCUGAAGCUGCUUGCCAGUGAUGAUAUUAAUGUUCCAGAUGAAGAAACCAUUUUCCAGGCGUUGAUGGUAUGGGUCAAAUAUGACCUACAAAAUCGACAGCAGGCUUUGGGAAUGCUUCUAUCCAAUGUUAGGUUACCAUUACUACCCCCACAGUUACUAGCAGACCUUGAAACCAGCCCAAUAUUUACAGAAGAUUUGGAGUGCCAGAAACUUCUCAUGGAAGCUAUGAAGUACCAUCUGCUACCAGAAAGAAGACCGAUGAUGCAGAGCCCCCGAACAAAACCCAGAAAAUCAACAGUGGGUUCACUUUAUGUAAUCGGUGGCAUGGAUGCUUCAAAAGGUCCUACUACUCUUGAGAAAUAUGACCUCAGGACAAACAGCUGGAUGCAGGUUGGGACGAUGAAUGGCAGACGUUUGCAGUUUGGAGUAGCUGUAAUUGACAAUAAGUUAUACGUUGUUGGAGGAAGAGAUGGACUAAAAACUUCUAAUACAGUUGAAUGUUAUAAUCCUCUCACCAAUAUCUGGUCUGCAAUGCCACCAAUGUCAACGCAUAGGCAUGGCCUAGGGGUAGCAGUACUUGAAGGACCAAUGUACGCAGUAGGUGGCCAUGAUGGAUGGAGUUACCUUAACACAGUUGAACGAUGGGACCCCCAGGCGCGUCAGUGGAAUUAUGUUGCCAGCAUGUCAACUCCACGAAGUACAGUGGGGGUUGCUGCAUUAAACAGCAAAUUAUACGCCGUUGGUGGAAGAGAUGGAAGCUCAUGUUUACGAUCUGUGGAGUGUUUCGACCCACAUACUAAUAAGUGGAGUACAUGUGCACCGAUGUCGAAAAGAAGAGGUGGAGUGGGAGUCGUAACAUACAAUGGUUUCUUAUAUGCCAUGGGAGGACACGAUGCACCUGCUUCAAACCACUGCUCUCGGCUUUCAGACUGUGUCGAAAGGUAUGAUCCAAAAACAGACACUUGGACAACAGUAGCGCCACUAAGUGUUCCUCGUGAUGCAGUUGGGGUGUGCCUUCUUGGAGACAAGCUAUACGCUGUAGGCGGGUAUGAUGGACAGACCUAUCUGAACUUGGUUGAAUCAUAUGAUGUCCAGAAUAAUGAAUGGACAGAGGAGGUGCCUCUUAAUACUGGAAGAGCUGGGGCUUGUGUUGUAGUUAUCAAGUUGCCAUGAAGACUUACGUGGUCAUGACCUGCAAAACCACUGAAAUGAAGAAAAUAUAAAGUGUUGAGCACAAACAUAAUGCUGGUGUUUAACUGCCAUGAACAUUCCUAAUCAAGUCACGCUGUUGCUUCAGAAUUCAUUAUGACUUUCUAAAAGGCUUACUGGAAAUGUAGUCUGCUUUUAAGCCAUUGCUUAAUUUCAGCAUUGCAAAGCAAUUUUGUUUUUUAAAAGGACUCUGAAGUUUUUGUAUAGGGAAUAAUGACCAAAUGAACUCCUGCUCAUAGCUCUGUUUUGUACUUCUCUUCAAACAUUAUAUUAGCUGUAGAUGUUCAUAUAAAUAUUUAUUUUGCUAAUCAGUAAGACUAAAAAAAUGUUAAAUGUUUGACAGGCACUUGGUGGGUAUCAUAAAAGAACAGCCCAUUUAAUUGCUUUGCUAAAACAAAAUCAAAAAAAUAUAUGUAUUUGUUAAAACCCACUGUGGAUGGUGGAAUGCAGUGAAUGCAACUGAACUACUAAUUCAAUGCUCUGCUAUAGUAGGAAUAUUUCCUUGGUGGGGGUCUGUAACUUUCUGUUAAUACAGGUAAAGCCAGUGCUUUAUGGAAUCUGGAAGAUCGUUAAACUAAUUCAAGAAAUUGAACAAAAGUCAUACCUCUGAAAGCAAUGAUGUCAAACCCUUCAUGUUUAGCUUGUUAUCUAUAAAAUCUGAAACUCUUCAGGAAUUUUGCUUUAGAACAUCUAUACGACUACUUAUACACAUCUAAAAUAGCUCUUAAACAAGGCUAUUUGACUGGUUAAAACAAAUCUUUUUUUAGCAGCAGUAAACUACAACUAUCAUAGUAAAUUAUUUGGUCAGCAGACAGCUCAAGCAGUUUAAACUUACUGGCAUUGAGUUAAUAAAAGUUCAAAUAGGGGAAAGGACUUUCAAUUUUGACCCAAAACAGCCACUCAAGACUAAUACAAAGGCUGCUCUACUUUUAUUCCCUUCUUUGUUAAAUGCUUUAUCCUGUUGGGGGUUAUGAGGGGAGCUUUAAUCUUAUCAUGACAAGCAAUGGACAAAGAAACCAGUACUGGACAGAAUUCCAUUCUGCUUCAGAACAAACACAAACUCAAAUGAUGUGCACACCUACAUGUAGUUGAAAUAGUCUUAAUUUUGUUAAACUUUACAAAUAUACUUAAAAGCUGUCCACCUUCUUUUAAUUGCCACAUUAUCAGCAGCAAGAAUUAUAUAUCCUAAAGUUAGUGUGUGGUUCAUACGUCUCAAGUGUCCAGAUUUUCACAGAAAGUUCAGAUUUUUGCCUUAUAUUUUUGGUCAGUUCCUCAAAAUGUAUGGUCUUCUGGCCAAUCACUGAGGACUGAAAUAAAUAAAUAAUGGCACAAAUUUGAGUUUCAGACUUCAUAUCCUUCAGAAAAAUUCAAAC